UUUCACCACGGGGGCUAAGGAAGAAGAGUAGCGUUAUCCGGUUAUACUUUGGUCUUCUUUCAUUCCUCCUCUGUUAAGAAGUAUACACAGACUAUGUAAUCCGUUAAGGAUUAAAGUGGUUUAGCAUUGAAAGGGGUUUAAUUGGACUUGAGGACUUGUUGGCUCCUUUGUCCGGCUUUUUUACGCGCCGUGCCAGCGCAGCUGUUUGCGCACCUGAGUCCGCUGCUCAGCUUGUGCAGCGUCAACAUGACUUUACAGCAUUUGAGCCACUAAACUAUCAUGGUGAUACUAUUUUCUGGCGACGGAGCUGAUGAGGCGAACCUUGGUGAAUGCGCAGUGUCUCACUGUGGAAUAACCAGAGUCCAGGUGUCACCAGGGGAGAGCCGAUGUGGCCGUCUGGAGCAGCCAGCUGGGAUUUGACAGAGCGCAGGAGUUUGGGAUGCAAGAGAACCCUUAGAGAGACAGUUCUCGGCUUCUUUUACCUGGAUUCAACACGGCCUGCCCCGAGCCAUGGCCUCUGAAGUGGUGUGCGGGUUGGUCUUCAGGUUACUGCUCCCAGUAUGUCUUGCAGCUGCUUGCCUGUUCAGGUACAAUGUCCUGUCCUUCGUCUACCUCAUCUAUCUCCUGCUUAUUCCACUCUUCCCAGAGCCUACAAGCACAACAAUGCAAGGCCACACAGGGCGUCUCCUCCAGUCGCUCUGCUUCACCAGUAUGUCCUUCCUGCUACUCCACAUCAUCUAUCAGAUUACCAUCCACAGCCUCGUGGCCGGGAACUCCAUCGCCUCCAACUUCAACUGUUCCUCAUGGGAGAAAUCCAUAAGACAAAUUGGCUUUGAAAGCGUGAGAGGUGCAGAUGCGGGGAAUGGCAUCCGAGUGUUCAUCCCCGAUAUCGGCAUGUUUAUGGUCGGCUUGGGCAUCUGGCUGCUGUGUCGCAGUCUGGUCCAGAAGAGGCCGCCUGAGGACAUGGCACAGUACAAUGAAGACUUCCAAUCAGAGGAACAGGAGGAAGACGAGAAGCUAAGCCUGGAGGACAACAUCCUGUUGGAGGAAGACUAUGAAGCAGGGUACGAGGCUGAGGAGGACGAGGAAGAUGAUGUGCUGGAGGAUGAAGAGGAGGAGGAAGAGGAGGAGGAAGAGGAAGCAAAAGAGAGCACAAAGAUGAAGAUUCUGCGGAUGGUGGCAGAAGUUGCUUCCAAAGUGAAGGAGAUCAUCGGGAAUUUGAUAACCACUGCAGGAAAAGUGGUGAUCACCAUCUUGUUGUGUAUAACAGGAAUCACGCUGCCCUCGUUGACCUCAGCUGUUUACUUCUUCACCUUCCUCUUCCUGUGCACCUGGUGGUCCCUGCGCCGGACCUUGAGCACGCUGAUGUUCAGCUGCAUGUGUGUUCUGAUGGCCAUCUUCAGCGCCGGACAUCUGAUCGUCCUCUACCUCUACCAGUUCCAGUUCUUUCAGGAGUCCGUCUUGACCAAUGACGGCUACAUCAGUGUGUUUGGCAUCUCCCCCAUUGUCCAGAGCAACUGCUCCUGCACGUGGAAGCUCACUGUGCACCCGCGGCGUAAGUGGUACCACUUUGUCAGUCCCAUCAUGCUGCUGAUCCUCUAUUACACCCUGGCUACUCUCAUCCGCCUCUGGCUGCAGGAGCCCAUCGACCAGCUGAUGGACGACAAGGACGAUGAUGUGUGCGAGGAGGAGGAGCUGGGCAAAUCAUUUAUCUCAGCCAACAGGAAGCGGCUGCUGUGGUGGGGAUCACGCCAGGGCACAGACGAGAAAAACCUCCUCUCCACCCAGGAUGGAAUCAGUACAACAGAGGCUGUGCCCACUUCAAACGGGACCUCCUUUGAGUUUGCCGUGACUGAGAAUGGACCAGUCUGUCGGGACUUGUACUCAACCCCUCAGUACAAAAUGGACCAGCCCAGUGAUGGCACAGAGAAGAAAGAAGAGUGUGUGUAUGAAGUGUGUUUGCCCCCGGAGGAGUCAUCUGUGAAGGAGACCGAGAGUGAAGAGAAUAUAAUAAAGAAAAAAGGAGUCGGUGCGAUGGUCAAAAUCUUCCACUUCAUCAUGAAACAAAGCUACAUCGGUGCUCUCAUAGCCAUGAUGGCGUGGAGCAUCACAUACGUCAGCUGGCUGACGUUCGUCUUCCUCAUCUGGUCCUGCCUGCUGUGGAUGGUCCGUGAUCGGAGGCGUUACGCCAUGCUGUCGUCUCCCUUCAUGGUGGCCUACGGCAACCUGCUGAUAGUUCUGCAGUACAUUUGGACUUUUCCGGACAUGGAUUACAGCAAAGUCAAAGGCUUCUUUGUUGAGAAGAAAAACCCAUUCCACUCACUUUCAUCUAAGGUCCUUUGUAUGCUGACCUUCUGGUUACUGCUGAGACAGACGCUUACAGAGAGACAAGAAAAACAAAAGGAAGACAGCACUGGUCUCUUAGACGUUCAUGUAGAGGAUCAGAAGAAGCAGGAGGAAGAGGAGUCUGAGGAGGGAGGGGAACAGGACCUCAUGCACGUCCUUGGUAACAUGGUGAUGGCUCUGAUGGUCAAAUAUUGGAUCUACAUCUGCGGUAGCAUGUUCUUCAUCGUCACCUUUGAGGGACGUAUCGUCAUGUACAAGAUCAUCUACAUGAUGAUGUUCCUCUCCUGUGUGGCGCUAUACCAGGUGCACUACGAGUGGUGGCGAAGGAUCCUGAAGUACUUCUGGAUGUCGGUGGUUAUGUACACCAUGCUGGUUCUCACAGUUGUCUACACCUUCCAGUUUCCUGAGUCAAUACACACCUGGGGUAACAUGACAGGCCUGGAUAAAAAAGGUCUGGAAGCCCUGGGCUUGAAGCAGUUCGAGCUGGGCGAGCUGUUCAUCAGGAUUUUCAUUCCCACGUCCUUCUUGCUGGCGUGUAUUCUCCACCUGCACUAUUUCCAUGACCGCUUUCUCCAGCUCACUGACCUCCAGGCUGUAGUGGCUAAAGAAGAGAGCACUAUCUACAGACUGGUGGACCCGGAUGGCAGCCUGCCAGACCUCAGCAUGCUCAGCGCCAGCUCGGUGGACGCGAUGCUUCUCAGAGAGGAAUGUGAAACACAUGUAAAGCAGAAUAUGCAGGAGGGUUGGGAUAUGGAGAAAGAGAAGGAGCAGGCCCUGGUGGUGGUGAUGGAUGACACUGACAUGACUAAUGAGAAGCCCAGGAGCUUGUCUGACCCACGGCAGUCCAGCACAGAGGAGAGCCAACAGUGCAGUGCGAAAACUGAGCCGGAGCCGAGCACGGAGCAGAGCUCAGACCUGAAGAAUAAAUGGCACCUUGUGGUUGACCGUCUGACAGUGCUCUUCCUCAAGUUCCUGGAGUAUUUCCACAAACUGCAGUUGUUCAUUUGGUGGUUACUGGAGAUCCAUAUCAUCAAGAUCGUUUCCGCCUGCGUUGUCAUGGUUGCUAUCGGAGAGGUGUCUUUGUUCAACUAUGUGUUCCUUGCAUCCUGGGCGUUUGCACUGCCGUACAGCCAGUACCGGCCCCUUGCCUCUAGUGUUUGCACUGUCUGGACGUGUGUCGUCAUCGUAUGUAAAAUGUUGUACCAGCUGGACUUAAUAGAUCCCAGCAAGUACUCCAAGGACUGCAUUUUGUUAUGCAGAAACUCAACAGGUAAGAAUUCAGUGUUACCAGAUUCUUUGUUGUAUAAAGGAAGAGUGGAUCCAGCCAACUGGGUGGGCCUCAGGAAGAAUGACGACCUGCUGGGCUACCUGAGGAACAACUUCUGGAUGCUGGCUCUGUUAGCAUUGGAGGUAACCAUCUACCGCCAUCAGAAAUACUUCAGACUGAGGAACAAAUUGUCACCUCCUGCUGCCAGGAUUAUCUUUCAUGACAUCACACGACAGCACCUGGACAUCAACAUUGUCUGCUUCAUCAAAUACUUCAUCAACUAUUUCUUCUACAAGUUUGGACUUGAGACUUGCCUGCUGUUGGUCGUCACCGUCAUAGGGCAGCGUAUGGACUUCUACGCCAUGCUUCAUGCUUUUGCCUUAAUAGCGGUGCUGUACAGGCGUAGAAGGAAAGCCAUUGCUGAGAUUUGGCCCAAGUACUGCUGCUUUCUGGCAUGCAUCCUUACUGUUCAGUACUUCGUCUGCAUCGGGAUCCCACCUGCAGCCUGUAAAGGUUAUCCCUGGACAGAAAAUGACAAUGUGGUCAAGUGGCUCUAUAUUCCAGCUUUCCGCAGCAGUCCCGAUCCUUUGUUCCUCGCCUAUGACUUCAUGUUGCUCCUCUGCGCCUCCCUCCAGAGGCAGGUCUUUGACGAUGAGAACAAGGCAGCUGUCCGCCUCAUGGCCGGUGACAAUGUAGAGAUCUGCAGAGACCUGGAUGCAGCUUCCUUCAGCGUCCACAACCCUGUGCCCGACUUUAUCCACUGCAGGUCCUACCUGGACAUGCUAAAAGUUAUCAUGUUCAGCUACCUUUUCUGGUUUGUCCUCACUAUUAUCUUCAUCACUGGAACCACACGUAUCAGCGUCUUCUGUAUGGGUUACUUGGUGGCCUGCUUCUACUUCCUGCUCUUUGGUGGAGACCUGUUGCUGAAGCCAAUCAGAAAGAUCCUCCACUACUGGGACUUCCUGAUUGCCUACAACAUCUUUGUGAUUACUAUGAAAAACAUUUUAUCUAUCCUGGCUUGUGGGUACAUCAACCAACUGCUACAGGACCACUGCUGGUUAAUCCAGGUGUUCAGUCUGGCAUGCACCAUCAAGGGCUACGACAUAAAUACAAAUGCUAAGGAUAUUUGUGAGGUGCCAAGCAAUGAGGCCGGCAUCAUCUGGGACAGUAUCUGCUUUGCUUUCCUGCUCUUGCAGAGACGAGUCUUCAUGAGUUACUACUUUCUACAUGUGGUGGCAGAUAUCAGAGCAUCACAGAUCCUCGCUUCCAGAGGUGCAGAGCUUUUCCAAGCAACUAUAGUGAAGGCAGUGAGAGCCAGACUGGAGGAGGAGCGCAAGUCCGUGGAGCAGCUGAAGAGACAGAUGGAGCGCAUUAAGUUGAGGCAGCAAAAGUUUAAGCGGGGCAAGGAGAAGAUGCUGAGCCUGGCUCAACAUUCUGUAGAUGGACAGACGAUAGUCCCGCCCGAAGAGGAUGACGAUGAUGGAGCACAGCCAACGAAAGCCAAGACCAAAAAAAAGCAGUGGUGGAGGCCGUGGGUUGACCAUGCUUCCAUGGUUAGGAGUGGAGACUACUACUUGUUUGAAACUGACAGUGAAGAAGAAGCAGAGGAGGAAGAAGAGAAAAAAGAUGACGAUCCACCAAAGAAGUCAGCAUUUCAGAGAGCUAUUGGGAAGUUUGUCUCCGCUCUUCUGGCUUUACCCAAAUCUGUCAUUAAGCUGCCUAAAACUGUGCUGCAGUAUGUAGUGAAGGCAGGCAAGUAUAUGUAUCAAACCUGGAUCACAGACCCCAAAGCUGCUCUCAGGGCGCGAGGCAAAGCGAAGCGUAAAUUUUGGAAGAGAUACACGAAAGGAGUUAGACACAGAAAAAGCAAGAAAGAUGCAGGUCGCGUGACCAUCGACCUUGGCGAGCUGUCUGAUGGGCAAGAAAAAGAUGAUGAGAACAAGAAAUCUGGUGGCCCAGACAACAUCAUCAAACGAGUGUUCAACAUCAUCAAGGUCACUUGGAUGCUCUUCCAGACGACGGUGGAAAGCUUCACUAAAUGGAUGAAUGAAAUGUGCAGAGAGUACAUUGACAUCUCCACUGUGCUGCGUUUAGAGCGCUGCAUGCUGACUCGAGAGGUCAAGAAGGGUAACGUGCCAUCCAGAGAGAGCAUCCAUGUUUAUUACCACAAGGCCAUGAGGCUUAACAUGUCCAGACAGGCAAGCAUGGAUGUGCUGAGCGAGGACGACUCAGUCUCGGGCUCCAUCGGGGUCCGCAGAAGGCGAGGAGGUUACCGGAUGGAGAGCCAGGAGUCCACGGCCUCCAGAGAGAGCAUGUCCAGUGGCUGCACUGAUGCCACCACACUGUUUUCUCGCCAAUCCACCUUGGAAGACUUGGAUGCAAUGCCAGAGUGCAUUCCCAAAACCAGUGAGCGUGCCAGGCCCAAACUUAAAAGAUCACCUAGGCUGGAUAUGUCCAGCUCAUCAGUGGACAGCGGCAGCAGCUUCAUAUCCAGUGAGCCAACCCAGUGUGUCAUAAUUUACUCUAGACAGGGAACUACUGAUACCAUAGAAGAAGUGGAGGAUGAGCACGAUCAAGGGGAAGACAAGCAGCAGGUUCCCUGGGAAUCUCAACAGUUUGAUGAGAUUGGGGAGGCUGAGGGUGUGGCAUUGAGUGAUGGAGAGCCCAGGGAGAAAGAAAAAAAAGAAGAGGAAGAAGAGGUGGUGGAGGAAGGGCAGAAGGGAUUAGAGGGUGAAGAAGGACUACAGGAACAGCAGGACCAGGAGAGAGAGGAGGCUCACUGGGAGUCUUUUGGUCCAGACGAGGGCCCCUCCUUAAGAGUGGAAGAAUUACACGCUUCUCCUUCUGCCCAGGAGAAAGAGUUCAUCACUGAGAGUGAAGAUGGUGCAGGACAGCAGGACCUCAUGCCUACGGAGGGUCAAACAGAGCUGCUCUACACUCCAGAUACAGAUGCCUCUAAAACAUCUGAUGCGGAUGUGCCUCCCAGCUACAGCAAGGCAGUCAGCUUCGACCGCUUGGAAGUUAGUGACGAUGAGAGUGACACAGAUAGGAAGAGGUGCAUGGUCAUGACCUCAGACAGCCACUCAGACAGCAGGUCGGACAUCAUGUUGCCCUCUAUGACUACUGAACUGACGGCCAGUGAACUGUUGCUCAACAAGAUGUUUUAUGACGAGGAGCUGGAGCAGUCAGAUAAAUUCUACCAAAACCAGCCUCUGUUCCUCCAGCUUUGCUACGCCCUCUACAACAUGCUGGUGGCUCACUCAGAGUUGGUGUGCUACCUGGUCAUCAUCAUAAACCACUUGGUGUCAGCCUCUUGUGUUACGCUGGUCCUUCCCAUUACCAUCUUUCUCUGGGCAAUGUUGUCUGUUCCACGGCCCAGCAAGCGCUACUGGAUGACUGUCAUCAUCUAUACUGAGGUCACCAUCGUCAUCAAAUACUUCUUCCAGUUUGGCUUUUUCCCGUUCCACUCGAGCGUAGACAAGAACAAACCUCUUCACCCUCCCAACAUCAUUGGUGUGGAGAAGAAAGACGGUUAUGUCCACUACGACCUGGUCCAGUUACUGGCUCUCUUCUUUCACAGGUCCAUCCUGAAGUGCCAUGGUCUGUGGGAUGAGGAUGACCCCAGGGUAAAGAAAGAGGCACCUUGUCAGUCUGAAGAAGUCAGAAGUCAGUCUGAGUCUGAAGACGAGAGAAAAGACGAGGAGAGUGAGAAGGAGUCGGAACCGGGCUCAUCACUAAACAGUGAAAGGAGAGGCUCCAAUCAGACCCUGAGGUCCAUAAACUUCGGCACCUCCAUAGAUUCAGGACACGUACAGGUGCCCUACUCGCAGCAGCAGCAGACCUACCAGCGGCGCAAGAGCUCCAGUGGAGGCUCACACAUUUCUCAUCCAUCUCUCCACUCUUCUGCAAGAUCUAAGAGAGGAAGUACAGCUUCUCGCAACAGCAGCCGCAAGAGCGGCAGCGAGGCCAGCGUCCAUCAGAAGACCCGCAAACAGAUGAUCAUAGAGAAACUGAGGGAGCAGCUCUUCAAAGCAAAAGCUUUCAUUAUAAAGCGGGUUUUGGGUAUCUAUCUUCCCAUGAGGCAGUUUUUCUAUAACUUGAUUCAUCCAGAGUACAGCGCAGUCACCGACGUCUAUGUGCUGAUGUUCCUCGCUGACACGGUUGACUUCAUCAUCAUCGUGUUUGGAUUCUGGGCAUUUGGUAAACACUCAGCGGCAGACAUCACAUCAUCGCUGUCAGAGGAUCAGGUCCCGGGAGCUUUUCUCGUCAUGGUGUUGAUCCAGUUUGGCACCAUGGUGGUGGACCGGGCCCUCUACCUCCGAAAGUCUGUUAUGGGCAAGGUUAUCUUCCAGGUCAUUCUGGUCUUUGGCAUCCACUUCUGGAUGUUCUUCAUCCUGCCAAAGGUCACAGACAAACGUUUCAGUGAGAACACAGUCGCUCAGAUGUGGUAUUUUGUCAAGUGCAUCUACUUCGGGCUGUCAGCCUAUCAGAUCCGCUGUGGUUAUCCCACCCGUGUUCUGGGAAACUUCCUCACAAAGAGCUACAAUUAUGUCAACCUCUUCCUGUUCCAGGGUUUCCGUCUAGUACCUUUCCUGACGGAGCUCCGAGCCGUGAUGGACUGGGUUUGGACCGACACUUCGCUGUCUCUGUCCAGCUGGAUCUGUGUGGAGGACAUCUACGCUCACAUCUUUAUCCUGAAAUGCUGGAGAGAGUCAGAGAAGAGGUAUCCCCAGCCACGAGGCCAGAAGAAGAAGAAAGUGGUGAAGUAUGGGAUGGGAGGAAUGAUUGUGGUGCUGCUGAUCUGUAUAGUAUGGUUUCCGCUGCUCUUCAUGUCCCUCGUGAAAUCUGUAGCUGGAGUCGUCAACACUCCGCUGGAUGUCUCAUUUGAAAUCACACUGGCAGGCUUUCAGCCCAUCUUCACCAUGAGCGCGCAGCAAAAGCAACUGCGGCAUGUGACGGAAAAGGAAUUUCGCAACUUUGUAGAACAUUAUAAGAAGAAAGAUAACGCCAUGCAGUGGCUGGAGAGCUACAUUUAUGAGGACCUUACCAUUGCUCAAUUGAAAGGCAGCUCCAACUCUCUUUGGACCAUCAGUCCGCCCAGCAGAGCUAGCUUGAUAGAGAUGUUGGACUCUACCGAUGAUUUCUCCAUCACUGUGUCCUGGUCUGUGCAAAGAAACACCAGCCUGGGAGCCAAGGCAGAAACAACAUCUGGAAAAGUAACAAGAUUUCUUAAAAACGAAGACAAAAACAUAAAACAGAACCUUAUAGAUCUGUUAAACGAUGAACGAAACAUAACAGAAGUGACACUAACAAAAAUUUUCCCUCGCUAUGUUCGAGCACCCAGCGAUGUGGAGUCCAAACCUGUUGAAAGCCUUUACAGAGAAACGGACGGUCACCCAGAAUAUUAUGACAUUAAGGUGAAAUUGAAGAGAGCUAAUGACAGCAAUGAUAAAGAAUGGUGGAUCGUCUAUCAGACAGAGCCUAGCAAGACCAAUCUAACCAAUCUAAAGUCUGCAGGCCUGGAACUGUUCGUAUUCAGCGACCAAGUCAGCCCGCCCAGUUUGGGCUUUCUAGCUGGAUAUGGUAUCAUGGGCCUGUACGCCUCUGUGGUUUUGGUCAUCGGCAAGUUUGUGCGCGAGUUCUUCAGUGGCAUUUCCCACACCAUCAUGUUCGAGGAGCUGCCCAACGUGGACCGCAUCCUCAAGCUGUGCACCGAUAUCUUCCUGGUGCGAGAGACGGGGGAGCUGGACCUUGAGGAGGACAUGUACUCUAAACUCAUCUUCCUUUACCGCUCGCCAGAGACUAUGAUCAAGUGGACUCGGGAGAAAACUCAGUGAGGGAAACUUUAAUGAAUGAAGUUGAAUCAGAUCUUUUCAGAGACACUGGAUUGUCGCUCUGUUGGUGUGAGCAGCUAUUUUAGCCUCCAAAGCAAAUGAAGGCCAACUUUAUCCUCGUCAGCUGAGCUCGGGCGCCAGUGAUACAGUGUUAGCUCCAAAGGGAAACACCUUUUUAUUUGGACUUAUAAACUGGGGUAUUUUUUACUAAUUAAUGACAACCUUGACUGUCACAAUUAAUACAUUUGAGCACAAAUUUCCAGGUGCUGUAUUUAUCUUGCAAAGGUUUUGCCUCCAGUGGAUAAAAUAAGCAGGCGGUUUUCAGUUCGAGGUGUUUAGGCGCAAUUUUCCUGAAAUUAAAAGACAAAAAGUCCCUAAUUUCUCUUCACAUCUGUCCCUAAUAUUUUCAAAAUCGCAUGGUAGGUGGAGAGAAACAGUAACUGGCUGCAGCAUUACUCUUUAAGGGCUUCCCACUGACAAAUAAGUGGACAACAACGACCACACAAGCACAAUCACAUAUUUUUCCAACUGGAACGCUUGGAUUUUGGGACUGUGCAAUGCUGAGCUGCCGUUCCUAUAAGAUUUUUAAGAAUGUGGAGCAAGGGAAAUUUGACUUUCAGACAUCACGAUUACUUUUUUUUUUGUUUUUUUAAAGAAAUGUCAGAGGCCACUCUGGAAACAAAAUGCAAAACAAAAGAUUACCAGACAAUCUUUACUUGCCUUAUUUUGUUUGUAUGAGAAGAACUGAAACUCUUACGAACUACAUACCUUUCUCAGGAAGAGCUGUUUUCACAGAUAAUCAUUGUAUGUUACGGUAAUAUGUAGGCUUUUGUGGAUCUUAAAAAACAUGAUAUUGUAGAAAAGAUGAGAACUAUUUAAAUGGCAUGAAAUAAAAUGUGGAAACUGUUCGGAGUUUUACUGCACAGUGACACAGUUAAAAGCUGUAUUAAAGAAGGACUUUUUUCCUGCAGAGAUUGACAUUUUUUUGUCAUUCAUCAACAUUUUGAAUCAUCUGCAAGCCGGUUUGAGUCGAGAGCAGCAGAGUUCUGGUUUUCUACAUCAGGGUAAUGUGCUUCGGGCGGUAGACUCUUUGACUUGUGGACCUUGCUGGCACCCACAGCUGUGCAUCCAGUCAUCAAAGAAGAAACACACAAAGGGCUGAGACUUGGAGCCCUUUGGUCCAAACUAUGCAUUAGAGGACAUUUAGCAUGAGUGAAAACCUUAAUUAUUGCCAUGACUAAUUUGCAAUACUUGUACAUAGGGGUUACAUUAAAGGUAAAGGUCGCAGGGGAAUGAAAUGUGAAAAUUGAACUUGUAUGUUAAGGCAAUGUCCAAAAAUCUUCAAAUAAAACAUCUGGAAAGGUG